AUGGAUCCAGUGCAAAAGAAGUAUAAAAACGCUUUGAAGGUGUCCGAAAUUGUAGACUAUCUUCAAGAUAUUGAAGAUUUUAGUGAUGAGGAGUUGAAUGACAUUGAAAUUGCCAUAUUGCCGCCGGAUGCGGUAGAUGAAAUGACUGACAUAGAAGAAGGUCCUGACGACGAUAUGGGAGUUUUGCCAGUGUCUGAUGUAGCUGGUCAAGUGGAAUUUUCGUGCACGAUCGAUAACGGCGCGGAAAAUCAUCCUACUCAAACCACAUCUCGUACAAGCAGGACAGUCACUUGGCGUAAGUGUGAACCAGUAUAUUCUGAAAUACAGCCGGAAUCUAAUACUGCUAAACAAUGUUUAGAAAAUAUGAUUACGCAGUUGGAAGGAAAGUCAGCGGUAGAAAUAUUCGAAAACUUGUUGUGUGACGGGAUUCUAGAAUAUAUUGUGCACGAAACUGUAUCUUACGCCAAACACUAUAAAAAUGAUUUGAACUUCAAUCUAACUAUAAAUGAGUUAAAAGUCUUCAUAGGAAUUUUGUUUUUCUCUUCGUAUCAUCACUUGCCGCAAAGUAAACUUUAUUGGUGUAGAGAUGAAGAUGUACAUAUUCCAUUUGUUGAACAGGCAAUGUCCCGUAAUCGUUUUGAUAAAAUUAAAUCCUAUUUACAUUUCAAUGACAACUCACAAAUAGAUAAUACUGACAAAGCUUUUAAAAUUCGCCCACUUAUCGAUAAAGCUAAUGAAUCAUUCCGAAAGUUUGGUAUAUUUGAAUCCAAUUUAGCUGUUGACGAAAUGAUCGUCAAAUACUUCGGUCACCAUGGAAUCAAACAAUUUAUAAAAGGUAAACCAGUAAGGUUCGGAUAUAAGCUUUGGGCACUGUGUGGAGUCAGCGGAUACUGUUAUAACUUUUCGCUUUACACAGGAAAGGAUGUUAAAACCUCUGCAAGUCAUAACGAUGGCUUGGGUGCAACAGUGGUAAAGAAGUUGCUUGCAGUUUGUACAGCUCCCAGAGCACAUGUAGUCUACUUCGAUAACUUUUUCAGUAGCAUGCAAUUGUUGAUUGAUUUGAAAUCUCAAGGGUUCAGAGCUACAGGGACAGUCAGAGAAAAUAGGACUAAAAAAUGUCCUAUCAUGACCAAACAAGAGAUGAAAAAGAAAGACCGAGGCUUUUCCGAUUAUCGUUUUGAUAAAAAUAAUGAAAUUUUGUGCGUGAAAUGGCACGACAACAAUGUUGUUUGUCUUUUGACAAAUUUUGAUUCUGUUGAACCUUAUGUAAAAACGAAUAGGUACUCAAAGAAAGAAAAGGCGAAAGUAGCCGUGAAUCAGCCAUUGCUUAUUCAUAAUUAUAAUAAAAAUAUGGGAGGAGUGGAUAAACAUGAUUGGCUGAUUUCUAAAUAUCCAAUCCGCUUUAGAGGUAAAAAAUGGUAUUGGCCUUUAGUCAUCCGUGUUUUAGACAUGUCCCUCGUGAAUGCAUGGAUUAUCUACAACCAG